AUGCUAAUGGAAGGAGCAAAUCACUCUGUGGUAUUGGGGUUUGUAUUUCUUGGACUCACUAACUCCUGGGACAUUCAGCUUCUUAUCUUUGUGUUCUCCUCCAUGUUUUAUGUAGCAAGCAUGAUGGGAAACUCCCUCAUCAUUUUUACCGUGGUUUCAGAUCCUCACUUACACACUCCAAUGUACUUUCUGUUGGCAAACCUUUCCUUCAUUGACUUAGGUGUUUCUUGUGUCACUUCUCCCAAGAUGAUUUAUGAUUUGUUCAGAAAGCACAAAAUCAUCUCUUUUAGGGCUUGUGUCAUUCAGAUCUUCUCUAUCCAUGUCAUUGGUGGAGUAGAGAUGGUGCUGCUCAUAGCCAUGGCUUUUGAUAGAUAUGUAGCCAUAUGUAAACCUCUCCAUUACUUAACCAUUAUGGGCCCAAGAAUGUGUAUUUUCUUUGUAGUAACUGCCUGGAUAGUUGGCCUUACCCACUCUCUUGUUCAACUGGCUUUUGUAGUCAAUUUACCUUUCUGUGGACCAAAUGUGUUGGACAGCUUCUAUUGUGACCUUCCCCGGUUCAUCAAACUUGCCUGCACAGACACCCAUAAACUGGAAUUCAUGGUCACAGCCAACAGUGGAUUUAUCUCUGUGGGCUCCUUCAUCAUACUGAUCAUUUCCUAAGUCAUCAUAACCACUGUACAAAAGCACUCAUCAAGUGGUUCCACUAAAGCUCUGUCCACACUUUCAGCUCACAUCUCUGUGGUGGUCUUAUUCUUCAGUCCUUUGAUAUUUGUCUAUACCUGGCCUUCUCCCCCAAUACACCUGGACAAAUUUCUGGCCAUAUUUGAUGCAGUUUUCACUCCCUUUCUGAAUUCUGUGAUCUAUACAUUCAGGAAUCAAGAAAUGAAGAUGUCGAUGAAGAGAGUAUUCAGACAGCUACUGAGUUAUCGAACGAUCUCCUAA